GAGCCGAGCGCCCUGAGCGCAGAGCGGCGGCGCGGCGUGGACCGGUCCUCCUCGGCAGGGGUCGCGCCCGGUGGUAAGGGCCGGGAGGCGGGUCCGGCGGCGACCAGCCAUGGCUCAGGCGGCCAAGCAGCUGAAGAAAAUCAAAGACAUCGAAGCGCAGGCCCUGCAGGAGCAGAAGGAGAAGGAGGAGUCCAAUAAGAAGCGCAGAAACCGCUCCCGCGACCGCAAGAAGAAGGCCGAUGCUGCUACCAGCUUUCUGAGGGCAGCACGAUCAGGUAACUUGGACAAAGCUUUGGAUCACCUGCGGAAUGGGGUAGAUAUUAACACCUGUAACCAGAAUGGCCUGAACGGCUUACAUCUGGCCUCCAAGGAAGGCCAUGUGAAGAUGGUGGUUGAACUUUUGCACAAAGAGAUCAUUCUAGAAACAACAACCAAGAAAGGGAAUACCGCUCUGCACAUCGCUGCCCUCGCUGGCCAGAACGAGGUGGUCCGGGAGCUGGUCAACUAUGGCGCCAAUGUCAAUGCUCAGUCCCAGAAAGGCUUCACACCUCUGUACAUGGCAGCACAAGAGAAUCAUCUGGAAGUGGUGAAGUUCUUACUGGAAAAUGGAGCUAAUCAGAAUGUGGCCACAGAAGAUGGCUUCACUCCACUGGCUGUGGCUCUGCAGCAGGGCCAUGAGAAUGUGGUGGCCCACCUCAUCAACUAUGGGACAAAAGGCAAGGUGCGCCUCCCAGCCCUGCACAUCGCAGCCCGCAAUGAUGACACUCGGACGGCUGCUGUGCUGCUGCAGAACGACCCCAACCCAGAUGUGCUUUCUAAGACGGGGUUCACCCCACUCCACAUCGCCGCCCACUACGAGAACCUCAGUGUGGCCCAGCUCCUCCUCAACAGGGGUGCCAGCGUCAACUUUACACCGAAGAACGGCAUCACCCCACUGCACAUCGCCUCCCGCAGGGGAAACGUGAUCAUGGUGCGGCUCCUGCUGGACCGGGGGGCACAGAUCGAAACGAGGACCAAGGAUGAACUGACACCUCUCCACUGUGCAGCUCGAAAUGGUCAUGUGCGCAUCUCAGAGAUCCUGCUUGACCACGGGGCACCCAUCCAGGCCAAAACCAAGAAUGGCCUAUCCCCAAUUCACAUGGCGGCUCAGGGAGACCACCUCGACUGUGUCCGGCUUCUAUUGCAAUACAAUGCAGAGAUAGACGACAUGACCCUGGACCACCUGACCCCCCUCCACGUGGCAGCCCACUGUGGCCAUCAUAGGGUGGCCAAGGUCCUUUUGGAUAAAGGGGCCAAACCAAACUCCAGAGCCCUGAACGGCUUUACCCCCCUACACAUCGCCUGCAAGAAGAACCACAUCAGGGUCAUGGAGCUGCUGCUCAAGACGGGGGCUUCCAUCGAAGCGGUCACCGAGUCUGGCCUGACCCCUCUCCAUGUGGCCUCCUUCAUGGGGCACCUGCCCAUCGUGAAGAACCUCCUACAGCGGGGGGCAUCCCCCAAUGCCUCCAAUGUGAAAGUAGAGACCCCACUACACAUGGCAGCCAGAGCAGGGCACACAGAAGUGGCUAAAUAUCUACUCCAGAACAAAGCCAAAGUCAAUGCGAAGGCCAAGGAUGACCAGACCCCCCUUCACUGUGCAGCUCGAGUGGGCCACACAAAUAUGGCGAAGCUCCUGCUGGAAAGUAAUGCCAACCCCAACCUGGCCACCACAGCCGGGCACACACCCCUGCACAUCGCAGCCCGAGAGGGCCAUGUGGACACGGCCCUGGCCCUGCUGGAGAAAGAGGCAUCUCAGGCCUGCAUGACCAAGAAAGGAUUUACCCCUCUACAUGUGGCAGCUAAGUACGGGAAGGCACGGGUGGCAGAGCUGCUGCUGGAACGUGAUGCGCAUCCGAACGCUGCUGGCAAAAAUGGCCUCACACCCCUGCAUGUGGCUGUUCACCACAACAACCUGGACAUCGUGAAGCUGCUGCUGCCCCGGGGUGGCUCCCCACACAGCCCUGCCUGGAAUGGCUACACACCCUUGCACAUCGCCGCCAAGCAGAACCAGAUGGAAGUGGCCCGCAGUCUGCUGCAGUAUGGGGGGUCUGCAAAUGCAGAGUCAGUGCAAGGUGUGACUCCCCUCCACCUGGCUUCUCAGGAGGGCCACGCAGAGAUGGUGGCGCUGCUCCUCUCGAAGCAAGCCAACGGCAACCUGGGGAACAAGAGUGGACUCACUCCUCUCCAUCUGGUAGCCCAAGAAGGACACGUCCCAGUGGCAGAUGUGCUGAUCAAACAUGGUGUCACAGUGGACUCCACCACCCGGAUGGGUUACACACCGCUCCAUGUGGCCAGCCACUAUGGAAACAUCAAGCUGGUGAAGUUUCUGCUGCAGCACCAAGCGGAUGUCAAUGCCAAGACCAAGCUAGGAUACAGCCCCUUACACCAGGCGGCCCAGCAGGGACACACAGACAUCGUGACACUGCUGCUGAGGAGUGGUGCUUCCCCAAAUGAGGUCAGCUCGAAUGGAACCACACCUCUGGCAAUCGCCAAGCGUUUGGGCUACAUUUCUGUAACAGAUGUGCUCAAAGUCGUCACGGAUGAAACCAGCGUAGUGUUAGUCAGUGACAAGCACCGGAUGAGUUACCCUGAGACGGUCGAUGAGAUCCUCGAUGUCUCUGAGGACGAAGGAACCGCUCACAUAACUAUAAUGGGGGAAGACCUUGUAGGCUCCAAGGCUGAGCGGCAGGAUUCCAGAGACAUGGAUGAAGAGAGGGAGCUGUUGGACUUUGUGCCAAAGCUAGACCAGGUGGUGGAAUCUCCUGCCAUCCCGAGGAUCCCCUGUGUCACCCCUGAGACGGUGCUGAUCAGGUCUGAAGAGCCGGAGCAGGCCUCUAAAGAGUAUGAUGAGGACUCGCUCAUCCCCAGCAGCCCAGCCACGGAGACCUCUGACAACAUCAGCCCAGUGGCCAGCCCCGUCCACACAGGAUUUCUGGUUAGCUUCAUGGUCGAUGCCCGGGGAGGCUCCAUGAGAGGAAGUCGCCACAAUGGCCUCAGGGUAGUGAUCCCACCUCGGACCUGUGCAGCACCCACACGCAUCACCUGCCGCCUGGUGAAGCCCCAGAAGCUGAGCACACCGCCCCCACUGGCUGAGGAGGAGGGCCUGGCCAGCAGGAUCAUUGCACUGGGGCCCACCGGCGCCCAGUUCCUGAGCCCUGUGAUCGUGGAGAUCCCCCAUUUUGCCUCCCACGGCCGAGGGGACCGAGAGCUUGUGGUCCUGAGAAGUGAGAAUGGCUCUGUGUGGAAGGAGCACAAGAGCCGCUAUGGCGAGAGCUCCUUGGACCAGAUCCUCAGCGGGAUGGAUGAGGAGCUGGGGAGCCUGGAGGAGCUGGAGAAGAAGAGGGUCUGUCGCAUCAUCACCACCGAUUUCCCCUUAUACUUCGUGAUCAUGUCGAGGCUCUGCCAGGAUUUUGACACCAUUGGGCCUGAGGGUGGCUCUCUGAAGAGCAAGCUGGUACCACUGGUGCAGGCAACAUUCCCGGAAAAUGCUGUCACCAAGAAAGUGAAGCUGGCUCUGCAGGCCCAGCCUGUCCCAGAUGAGCUGGUCACCAAGCUCCUGGGCAACCAGGCUACAUUCAGCCCCAUUGUCACUGUGGAACCACGGCGCCGGAAGUUCCACCGCCCCAUUGGACUUCGGAUCCCACUGCCUCCUUCGUGGACGGACAACCCAAGGGACAACGGGGAGGGAGACACCACCAGCCUGCGCCUGCUCUGCAGCGUCAUUGGUGGAACUGACCAAGCCCAGUGGGAAGAUAUCACGGGAACUACCAAGCUUGUGUAUGCCAAUGAGUGUGCCAACUUCACCACCAACGUCUCCGCCAGGUUUUGGCUAUCGGACUGUCCGAGGACUGCAGAGGCUGUGAACUUUGCCACUCUGUUGUACAAAGAGCUGACUGCAGUGCCCUACAUGGCCAAGUUUGUCAUUUUCGCCAAGAUGAAUGACCCCCGGGAAGGACGGCUGCGGUGCUACUGCAUGACAGAUGACAAAGUGGACAAGACCCUGGAACAGCAUGAGAACUUUGUGGAGGUGGCCCGGAGCAGGGACAUAGAGGUUUUGGAAGGGAUGCCCCUUUUUGCAGAACUUUCUGGAAACCUGGUACCUGUCAGAAAGGCUGCCCAGCAGCGCAGCUUCCAGUUCCAGUCCUUUCGGGAGAACCGCUUGGCCAUACCUGUGAAGGUGAGGGACAGCAGUCGGGAGCCAGCAGGGUUCCUGUCGUUCCUGCGAAAGGCAAUGAAGUACGAGGACACACAGCACAUCCUCUGCCACCUGAACGUCACCAUGCCUGCCUGCACCAAGGGGACCGGAGCUGAGGACAGGAGGAGAACCCUGACACCCCUGGCCCUUCGCUACAGCGGGCUCAGUGAGUCAGCACUCGGUUUCCCCAGCGGCACAGACCGAGCUGACCUAAAGGUGGCAGUCAUAACAGAGCACCUUGGCCUCAGCUGGGCAGAAUUGGCCCGGGAGCUGCAGUUCAGUGUGGAGGAAAUCAACAGGAUCCGCGUGGAAAACCCCAACUCCUUGUGGGAGCAGAGCGCAGCCUUGCUGAACCUGUGGGCUGCCCAGGAAGGCGAAAAUGCAAAGAUGGAAAACCUGUAUGCAGCCCUUCGGAACAUUGACCGCAGUGAGAUCGUGAAUAUGCUGGAGGGCUCUGGCAGACAGAGCCGCAACCUGAAGCCGGACCGGCGACAGGCAGACCAGGACUACUCACUGUCCCCCUCCCAGAUGAAUGGUUACUCCUCGCUGCAGGACGAGCUGCUGUCCCCUGCCUCCCUGCACUACACGCUUCCCUCUCCGCUGCACGCGGACCAGUACUGGAACGAGGUGGCCGUCAUAGACGCCAUCCCCCUGGCCGCCACGGAGCAUGACGCCAUGCUGGAGAUGUCUGACAUGCAGGUGUGGUCCUCGGGCCUCACACCCUCCCUGGUCACUGCUGAGGACUCCUCUCUGGAGUGCAGCAAGGCCGAGGACUCUGACGCCACACAAGAGUGGAAGUUGGAGGGGGCACUCUCAGAGGAAUCGCGGGGCCCUGAGCUCGGCUCUCUGGACCUUGUGGAGGACGACACAGUGGAUUCAGAUGCCACAAAUGGCCAUGCUGAUUUGCUUGGCCAGGAGGAAGGUCAGAGGUCAGAAGAGAAGAGGCAGGAGGAUUCGGCAGGUGCAGGGCAGGACUCAGAGAAUGAAGUGUCUCUUGUUGCAGGCCAGCAGAGGGUGCAAGUUCGAACCACAGACUCGCCCUCCAUGAGUCGGGUGCUGGAGAGGAACCAGGACAGACCACAAGACUGGGAUUUUGAAGGAUCCAUUGCCUUCUACUUGCAAGAUGCAGCACGAGGCUCCUGGCCAGAGGAGGCCACGCAAGGCCCACACUCAUUCCAGACGACAACGUCCACCAUCCAAGGGUCAGAGCACGACACGGUGCUGGUGUCUGUAGGCGAGCACAUGUGGACAGCGCAGCCUGAGACCCAGAGCUCCCAGGCUGGCAGGGAAGGGGGGAUUCGGGCAGCCAGGAGCACCUUCCUGCAGGUGGAACAGGGGAAUGAGCUUCAGAAUAUUCCAGGGGAGCAGGUGACAGAGGAACAAUUCACAGAUGAGCAGGGCAACUUUGUCACCAAGAAGACCAUCCGCAAAGUUGUUCGGCAGAUAGACUCAUCUGGUGCUGAUGACACCCAGGAACAUGAGGAGGUGAUUGUUGGGGGCCCCCUGGAAAAGGACACUAGUGUGCUGGAAACCGACCCGGAUUUCAUUACAAAACUUGACAAGGUGGAGCUGAGAGGGAGUAGCCUACAGCCGGACCUGCUAGAGGGCAGGAAGGGGGCUCAGAUAGUGAAGCGGGCCAGCCUGAAGCGGGGCAAACAAUGAUCUCAAGCCUCUCUCCUUGGAACGGCCUCUUGGGAGGAUCACACCUCAACACCCAACCCCUGACUCCACACAUUCUGCCAUGCACACAGGAGGAGCGCUGGACUGGAGGCGACAGAGUACUGUUCAUGUUCCUCUAGGCUCCUGGCAUGACCUCCGUAAGGGACUCCUUUAGUCUCCUACCGCAUGAACGACUGGCUGUAGACUCUGCAUGACCUACAGUCCGAAAUCCUGCCCUAGAGACUCCAGAUCUGUCUGUUGGAAUCAGAAGGCUGCAAGAGGAGGGGAGAGGAGAGAGAAGGGGAGAGUAAGCUCAAGAGAGAGAGAGAGUGCAUGAAUGCAAAGGGCUCUUUUGUGGCUGGGGAUGGUUUGGGGUUUUUUUUUUUAAUUGUUUUGAGUUUUGACUUCGUACAGGGUACUUUUUUUCAACUUCAUCUCUAAGAAAUCUAUGUGGGCUUCCUGGAAAGAAAAAGCUAGGCAUGAAAUCAGUUUAGCACCUUGAUCCCCAUUGUCAUCAGCCAUGGAGGCCCACACUCACCUCCAUUGCAGUGUGCCACCCCCUCCACCCCAGGGGACAGCCCCAGCCCCUACAGACAUUCAGGAUGGAACCUGUCCCGUGAGCAGCCUAUGCGCUGAUUUCACUGUGGCCUCUGAAGCCGUGUACACUUCCCUGUGGAUAAACUGGGAUUUUUUUUACUCUCUCUCAGUUUCAGUAUUAAUCAUCUUCCAAUGGAAAAUUAGCACCCUGAGCUUGCUUUGGGGUCUCUUGUGUUAAGCACUUAAAUCAGAGGCGAGGACCCCAGGCUUAGCUGAGGGCUCAGAGAGGCCAGGGCCCCAUGCGAAGGUCUCAGAGGGGGAAGAGCCAGUGGCUGCCCGAGACCGCACCAGCACGACCAUAGAGAAGAGGUUUUCUGUAUCUUCAAACACUUCUAUCAUAGUCCGUGUUCAGAGUGUAAACUGUACAGUAAUCAGCCUUGUGUAUAUGAAAAACAAUAAAUACUAUGCAAACCACUAGAAACACUUAGCAGUAUGUGCGAAGCACUAACAGCUCAGCUCCCAGGAUUUCUCCAGCCCGCGGGGCAGGCUGUCUUUCAGUGAAAGAGCACGAGGAUAGGGCUAGUGAAGGUAGCCGUCAGUUCCCAGCCGCCAGGACCCCCGAGGUCUCCCGGAGCCAACUUGGUGCUCAAGUGCAGGCAAACCGCGGGCUGGGCGGUGGGUGCCACCGGUCCAGCGGAGGAGCUGGGAGGAGGACGAGCUGCUGGCCAUGCCGGUGCGGGCUGACCUCCCAGCCUGUGGGCCCGCCUCGCUCAGUGCCACCAGGGAAGAGCCUUAAGCCCCAUGGCGCCUCCUGCAGAGGGAGGCCAAAUCAGCACAAUGCGGCCGGCCCUGCUGGCGGGCGCCCCGAGGCCAGGACAGAGACCCGGCAGGCUCUUCUCGCGCUCCGAGGCCACUGCGGUGCCGCCCAGCACCUUCUUCCAAGGCCGCUCUCCGGAGGGGUACUCGGGGCACACCCAAACCUUCCAAGUAGCACAGACGCGCACUCCGCCGGGGCCCAGCUGGAGCCCAGCCAGGAGCCUCCGGGCGGCGCCUCCACGGCAAGGGGCGUUCCCGGCGCUGGAGGGGCCCGCUUCGGUUUAGAGGGAGGGAGGAAGUAGGGGAAGGCUCCCUGGGGAGAGGAAGUUGCAGCUCGGCCCCAGGGCUCGCGGCAGGCCGUGUCUUAGCGGCUGUAUCCUCGAAGGCUCCUCCUGCGCAGUACACGACCCGAGCGCGCGGACUCGGGACGCUCCUAGGCCCGGCCCAGGCGUAGCGUCGGGGAGCUGAGGCGCCUCUCAGGCUGAGACCGCCGAGGCCGGACGACAGGCAGAGCCUGUACCUUCCUCUCCCCGGCCGCGGCCGCCCCAUGGCCCUUCUUAUCGCCUCGCACGGGCCCCGCGGCUCAGCCCUGCUUUGGCACCUUCUGCUCCGUCUGGCAUGGCUGCUUGGCCGCCGGCCCCAGGCCCUGGGGACAUGGCUGCGCUCCCGCUGCUAGUAGGAGCUGUGUAGAGGAGGACUUUGGGGUCUCCACCCGACGCCUAGAGAAUGCUGCAGUCUGCAUAUUAGACGCUUUUUAGAAGUUUUGAAAUUACCUUGAUUUUUUAAUUGUUAUGAAAAACGAACCAUUUCUCGACCCUCCCACAUGCUCUGUCCCUGGGACAGCACCCCGCGCCCCACACACUCUGAUGUACAGACCUGUCCUCACACCAGCUGAACAAACGUCACAUUAAUAAAGAAACUGGCUCAUGGCA